AUGGUGAAAAUAUCAAUCCAAAAUGUCCAAUUUCCCAUAUUAAUGAAACCAGAACUAUUUUUCUAUUUAUAUCAAGAUCAACCAACAGUGCUUAUAUACAUAUCUGAUCUUACUAAACCAUCUAAACAACAAAAAUUGCCAAUCCUAAGUGAAACAAAAUAAAGGAUAAGAUAGUAAUUGGAGAAUAUAAAAUAAAUACAGCAAUAUUAUAUGGUUUAUAUUAUCAGAAAAAAUAUUAAAUAGAUGGAUUCGAAGGAAAAUAAAAUGAAAUAGAACCUGUAACAAAACUUUAAUUCAAGCCUCCUCAAGAAUUAGUGUUGAG